AUGCCGUCCUUUCCAACAAGACCCUUGGUAAGGCCAAGAGAUGAUGGUCUACAACUGAGCUACCAACUUCCCCAUCGGGCCCAUGCCGCCAAAGGAUAUCCAGUCCUCGCCCCAAAUGGCUCCUCAAUCAUAAUAUACGGAUAUGAAAAUGGACUCAAGGUUAUCUGGAGGGGUGGACGACAAUUUUCUGCGGAAAAGACUACGACCCAGGAGGACAAACCCAAGGAGAAGGCAAACGGCGGCCAUGACGACGCUGUGAUGAUAAUCGACUCGGAUGAGGAGGACUCCCCAGAACCACCGAUAGAUGAAGUAUUAAGAUACAGCUUCAAUUCUGAGGAGCCUGAGGUCGACCCCACCUAUCCUUUUGAAGACGUUCUACGUCAGAUCGAUAUCCCACUGGGCAGCAAAGUCCUCGAAUUGGCAGUUCCCUGCAUUCUCCCUGACACGGCACGCUCACCACUCGACCCUUUCCCGCCUAUUUUAAAAAAGACUAUUGUUGUCUCUGCUGUGUGUGCAGACUACUCGACUCGAGUUGUAGCUCUGCCGCUGACUCCACCUCACCCUACCCAAACCGACCCUUCGACGUGGCAAAUCCAAAGCCUCUUGAUUGCGGGCGCUCACCAGGAGAUCCCUAGAGGUGUUUCUAUUACCUUCACGUGUCAAGAAGGUGAGGAAGACCGGGAAUUGAGCAAAUCCCGGGGUCGGAGUACAACGCAUAACCUUGACACCAGCAACGCAGAGCGAUGGGACCUUCUCGUGGCAACCCAUUCGGCGGAGGCAUCCGGCCUGCUCUUAUUUCAUCGAAUUCCGAUAGUGGACGAGUCGAAUGGAAAUGAAGGCAUUUAUAGCCUGUCUGAAGUUCUUGAGGCCAAACGACGGCAUUUGCCAGCCCCGGCUAAGACCAUCGCCUUCAACCCGUCCUCUUACCCGUCUACACGCCACUCAACAUUGCUUGUGGCAUUCCAUAGCGGAUGCGUGAAAAUAUACUCGUGUUUCUCUACAAGACCAUCUAAAGUUUCGCGGAGGUCUUCAGGCCCUCAGAGCGAUUUCGAGACCACUGAAACCGAAGGGAAGUGGCUUAUCAGCCUGUAUCCAGGGUUCGACCAAACAGCCUCGGGACUUGCGCACCGGAAAACCAUUAUCGAUUCUAAGUGGGUACUUGGUGGACGAGCCGUUAUGGUACUCAUGGCCGACGGAGAGUGGGGAGUCUGGGAUAUCGAAGGGGCUGGUCCUGGUACCGUCAAAGGACCUCUCCAUCGCCAGUCCAGCGUUCAAGGAGUCACUGGCGGAUCUCUGACAGCUUUCUCUGUCAGUGGUCGAAUCCUUAGCCCAUUGACAGGAAACAACAAGCCGGAACUGGCCAGUGUUGAGCAACGGCCAAAAUUCGCACCCAUGACCCCAUCUACGAAACGCGUGCGAGAAGACACCUUGCUCAAGGGGUCAAUGGGGCUAUCCAGGCCGUCCAUGUGCGGAGAACUUUCAGUCUUCCAGAUCAACUCGUCAAGGGAUGUUUUGCCUGAUGAGUCGAUUCUCUUGCGACACGGCGAUCAGAGUGCGGUUAUACCCAGUCUGCUAUCUUUAUGGCGCAAUGCCGUCAAAGCAUCUGGAACUUUUGAUGCCUCCAACCGCUGCCGAGUAUCGACUAUCCAGGACGUUAAUUUAAUGGGAGAGAAUUUCACAGGGAUCGGACAUCUUCCCGCUGCAGCUCGCCGCACCAGAGAUACCGAACGUCGGGACUUCGAUAUCCUCGUUACUACAGAGCACCGAGUCAUGAUCCUGGCUCCAAGACUUACGGAACCAGAGGAGCAACCGGCUUUCCGACAAUCAGUGAAUGAGGCACCAACAGCGGAGACAGAUCAGCUCAUGCUUCGAAGGGGGGAGCUCGACGUGGAUGGAAUGGAUCGAUUAUUGAGUGGGAUGGCGAAUGGCAACCAGUCCCUUCGAAUGGGCAGCCCGAUUAAGAGAGCGCGCAUCUUCACCUAA